GAUCUUUAUGAAGUAAUCAAAAUUAUUGAAGUCUAGCAGUAUUUCUAUACAGAGUUUGAGUGCUUGGUGUGAUUGCGUAGUCUCUAGGCGGCAUCCCAAACAGGACAUGGAUCAAGGGGUAGAAAUAGACGAUUCUUUAUAUAGCCGGCAGCGCUAUGUUCUAGGGGACUCUGCUAUGAAGAAAAUGGCUAACUCAUCAAUUUUGAUCUAUGGAAUUGGAGGUUUAGGAAUUGAAAUUGCUAAAAAUAUAGUCCUUGCAGGAGUGAAGAGUAUAACCAUUCAAGAUGGCAAACCAGCAGCGAUUCAGGACCUGGGGACUCAGUUCUUUCUGAGGGAGGAGGAUGUGGGCAGAAACAGAGCUGAGGCCAGUGGUCCCAGGUUAUCUGAACUCAAUCCAUAUGUGUCUCUCAAUGCUCUAACUUCGAUCUUAGAUGUCAACACAGAUCUCACUUAUCUCAAAAAUUUUCAGUGUGUGAUAUUGACAGAGGCUCCAUUAAGUGUUCAGAUUCGAGUGAAUAACUUCUGUAGACAACAGACUCCUCAGAUCAGAUUUAUAUCAGCUGAUGUUUUUGGGGUGUGUUGUGGCACAUUUUGUGAUUUUGGAGACAGAUUUGAAAUUACGGAUAUAGACGGAGAAGAACCCAAAGAGGUCUUAAUAGAAAAAAUAAGCAAAGAUAAUCCUGGAAUAGUGACAUGCUUUAAAAUUAAAAUGCAUGGAUUUGAAUCUGGAGACCAUGUGACCUUUAGAGAAAUUAAUGGAAUGACAAAGCUGAAUGGUUACACCUGUCAAAUUAAAGUGACGUCACCCUAUACCUUUGAAAUCUGUGAUACAUCAGGACAAGACUUUGCUCCUUAUGAACAUGGUGGUAUUGUCAAGCAGGUUAAAGUGUCCAAAAUGGCAUCAUUUAAAUCUUUAGAACAAGAAUUAAUGAAGCCAUCACUUCUUGUCCCUGACCUUUGUAAGUUUGAGGCUCCUAAUAAUUUGCACUUAGGUUUUCUAGCUCUCCAUCAGUUUUAUGAGAAAUUUAACCGAUUUCCAAAUGUUUGGAAUGUGGAGGAUGCCAAUAAUAUUAUAUCUAUUGCUAAUGUCCUGAACACUCAGCUAGUCACUAAGGUAACUGAUAUAGAUGAGGAAGUUUUAAGAAUUCUGUCGUACACCAGCCUGGGUUGUUUGGCACCGUUGUGUGCGGCUCUGGGAGGAUUUGUAGCACAAGAGGGAAUCAAGGCAGUCACUGGGAAAUUUACACCUUUACAACAGUGGUUGUACCUGGACUGUAGAGAAGUUGUACCUAAGGAUGAUGCAGGUGCCCCUGCCACAUUUACACCAAGAAAUGACAGGUAUGAUGCCCAAAGAAUAUGUCUGGGACAGAGGAAAUGUGACAAGUUAGCUCACCUGAAACUGUUCAUGGUGGGCUGUGGAGCCAUUGGUUGUGAGAUGUUGAAGAACUAUGCUCUCUUAGGGAUAGGAAAAAAACAGCAAGGAUGUAUAACGAUAACGGACAAUGAUUUAAUUGAGAAGUCCAAUCUGAACAGACAGUUUUUGUUCCGACCAGCUGACAUUCAGAAACCUAAGAGUACUACGGCAGCAGAGGCAGUCCUAUAUAUUAAUGCAGAUCUGAACAUAGAGGCACAACAGCAUAAAGUUUGUCCUCAGACAGAAGACAAAGUUUAUAAUGAUGCCUUCUUUGAGAACCAGAACCUUGUAGUCAAUGCUUUGGAUAACAUUGAGGCCCGGCGCUAUGUAGACAGUCGCUGUGUGACCAAUCAGAGAGCACUGUUGGAGUCUGGAACUCUGGGAACUAAAGGUCACGUCCAGGUCAUCGUUCCUCAUAUGACAGAGUCGUACAGCAGUCAGAAUGACCCUAGAGAUGAGAGUGUUCCGUACUGUACUUUGAAGUCCUUCCCUGCAAAUAUUGAGCACUGCAUACAGUGGGCUAGGGAUAAGUUUGAGAGUUCGUUUACUGGGAAGCCGGAUUUGUUUAACAAGUUCUGGAGACAGAAUGGAGAAGUUACUGAUGUUAUACAAAAACUGAAAGAUGGACAAUCUGUAGAUGGCGCUGUCCAGGUUAGUAAAAUGGUGGCCAACAGGAGCGCCACCUGGUGUCAGUGUGUACAGCUGGCAAGACUCAAGUUCCAGAAAUAUUUCAAUCACAAGGCAAAGCAUCUGCUUCACAUGUUCCCACUUGACACAAAAAUGCAAGAUGGCUCCCUAUUUUGGCAGUCUCCAAAAAGACCUCCAGUACCUCAGGAAUUUGACAUACAAAACCCUUUACAUUUCCUAUUUAUAGUCAGUACAGCUCGUCUCUAUGCAGGCGUGUUCAGUAUUCCAGUUACCUCAGUGGACACAUCAUUUGAGACGAUUAAGUCAGUUUUACAAAACAUGAAAGUUCCUGAAUAUAGACCAACAAACAAGAAAAUUGUCACAGAUGAGUCAGCCUCAAAGCCAUUAGAAGAAACAGGAAGUGGAGAUGAUCUGUUAGAUGCUGCUAAUCGUCUGCAGUUGACACUGAGUGAAGCAGACGUCACACAAGUACUGAGUCCAAUGAAUCCAGUGGAAUUUGAGAAGGAUGAUGACACAAAUGGACACAUUGACUUCAUAGCAGCAGCAUCAAACCUACGAGGAGCCAUGUAUAAGAUAGACAGUAUAGACCGCCUUAAAGCUAAGAGGAUUGCCGGUAGAAUUGUUCCUGCAAUAGCCACCACCACAGCUACAGUUAGUGGAUUGGUGACAGUGGAGUUGAUAAAAGUGAUGGACAAUUUACCCAUAGAGGUGUACAAGAAUGCCUUCUUGAACUUAGCCCUACCAAUAAUUGUAUUGUCAGAACCCGGGCCAGUCGAGAAAACAGUCAUCAAGGAAGGCUUGACUGUGACAAUGUGGGACCGGUGGGAGAUACGUGGAACAGCUGAUUUCACGCUUCAACAAUUUUUGCAACAUUUCAAGGAUAAAUAUGGUUUUGAGGUUACCAUGGUCAGCCAUGGAGUAAAAAUGGUGUUUGUCCCAUUCAUGCCUGGUCAUAAAAAACGACUGCCACAGCAGAUGCUGAAGCUGUUGAAGCCCUCACCUAGUCAGUCAUACAUGGACUUGAUCAUUAAUCUAGAAGGAAGUGAAGACGAGGAUAUAGCAUGUCCACCAGUUCGUUACUACUUUGGAGUUUAAUGACAGCUGUUCAUAGGAACAUUUUAGUGCUAUUUUAAUUAAAAACUUUUGAUGAGGCCUAAGAAAAAAAUUGUUUGUUUAUGUUAACUUUACUGCUCCUAAUUCUGUUUGCCAACGCAUAUAUUCUUUUGGUUGUAAAAUGUCUAUAUUUCCUUCAAAGCUAUAGGUUCAUAGGUCGUACAAAGUCACUUUUUAGUGGCCUGUUUUAGAGCUGUUGCAUCAGGUAGAUUUGAAAAAAAAAAUUAUGGCAAGAAGAAAAGAAAUUCAAACUGACUUAAAAAAAAUUUCCAAGUUAUGCCUUUAUGUAAAAAUAAAAAGAAAACAACUAGAUACUCAUCGCCUAGGCAAUAACAGGUCUUUCGUUUUCUUGACUCCUUUGGAAAAAUAAAAAAAAAUUAUCAAUUAGAGAAAUCUAAAUGAUUAUAAAAGACAUUUCAAAGCUUCCAAAAAUAAAAACAGGUAAAAAAAUGUCUUCAUUUCCAAAUUGCUUUCCUGUUUUCUUUAUUUACUUCCGGUCAGGACCUGAAGUGCCCCAAACAAAUAAAAAGUUCAUUCUGCACCUAAAUUAUUUACAACUGAUCAUCCCUAAAAAGUUUCCAUAAAAAAUACUUAUGUUUGAAACAACUUCCGUUUUUUUGGCUGGCACUUCCGACGAAAAUAGUUUUCAUAGACUUGACCUUUCUAACAUCAUAUUAGCCCAAAAUAUCUCUAAAAACAAAAGAAAUUUGAAAAAUUCACUUUUUUGCAUCACUUAAUUUUUUUGGCUGGCACUUUUGACGAAAAUAGUUUGUAUAGACUUGACCUUUCUAACAUCAUAUUAGCCCAAAAUAUCUCUAAAAACAAAAGAAACUUGAAAAAUUCACUUUUUUGCAUCACUUCCUGUCGAGACUGGAAGUGACGGCAACAUUUGUUUUUUACAUGAUGUGAAUUAAGUUGAUGACUGACUAUCAUUCCUGAAAGGUUUUAGACUUUAGUCAUGUACUGUUGCUGAGCAACUGUGUGAACAAAAUCUCAUUAUAAGGACAUGCAGGAAAACACGCGACCAGAAGUGAAUUUUACAAAAAUAUUCAAUAAUACUCAAUAAUAUAUAAAAAUCAUCUCAAUUACUUUUAUUUACAUAUUUAUGGGGAAGUUAAACACCCAAAUUUUUCUCUUAUAACCAGAUGUCUUUUUUGUUUCCGAUGGGACCAACAUAUUUCGAAACUACAGAUGUGAGACGGAAGACUUUCAUAAUAAACACUACAAUCACUAUAAGGUCUUUGACUAAAAAAUGAGAAACAAAAUCCUGCCUAUCUACCCUAUUUUUUUUUUACUAACUUGCAAUAGAAACAUGCAUACUUUUUUUUCUUAGGCCUAAGUAACUUAACAAAUUUCUGUAUUUAAUUUAUAUACACAUUUUUACAUUAUUGAUAUUCUCCAUACACUGCAAGUGCACUUACUUUUGUAUUCAAAAUAUGGUGCUUUUAUUGAUCAUGGAUAAUUAGGGUCAAUAUGAAUUCACACUUCUGGUUAAGGCACAAAAUUUGCCACAAAACUUAAGUGCACCUGCAGUAUAUCCUGAUGAGUACUAGUAUCUUGAAUAAAAAUGAUUUAUGAAAUCUCUGUUUAA